CAAGUUCAACGGUCGUAAAGUUUACAAACAAACAAACACAUCUCGUGGAUUCUUAAUUAUUUUGGAUUUAGAAGCAAUUAUAGUGUAAUAAAAUGGAAAGCGUAACUCAAGAUACAGUACUUAUUUGCUGUGCUUCCAUUGAAUGGUUGAAUUCUCAAAAUGUAGCAAUGAAAAAGAUUAUUUACAAAAAUGCAAAACUAAUUUUAAUACGAAAUGAUAUUCGUGAAAUGUUUCUACAAAUUGAACAAGAUAAAAUGACCACGACAAAGUUAAAAUUGAAAGACAUAAAUGUGUUUAAAAAAUUCAUGGCGGAAGGAAAAGCGAGUAUAAAAUUCAAUGCUGAAAAGUGCAGUGUUUAUAUUAGCAAUGCUCCUCCUGGAUGUCUCAUAUUUUUCCUCAAAACACUCUUUAUCAAACUUACAAAAGAUCAUGCUGAAAAUAAAACAAUCAGCAAAGAUGAAAUGAACAAGAAACUCAGAUCUCAUUUAUUGUCGGAGAAGUCGAAUCACUUUGAAGAAAUCUCACCUGUAACCAACGCUGAACUGGAUCGUGCAAAAAAAGCUGUUGUUUCAAAAAGCACAGUUACGACACCAUCACCACCAGCUUCCAAGAAAAGACGACUCAUUGAUGCGAAAGGAAAUCCCAAAGCAGCUAAACAACUUUACGCUCCUUCACCUUUGUCGACCAAAAGUUCCAACGGAAUCAAACCUGAUGACACUGUAGCUGUCAUGGAAGUUCUCAAUGAAGAACAGAACCAAAUAAUGCAAGCAUGCUUAAGCGGUCAUAAUAUUUUCUUCACCGGUUCAGCUGGAACAGGAAAGUCCUUUUUAUUGCGUAAAAUUAUUGCAGCAUUUCCACCUGAUGGCACAACAAUAACAGCUUCAACUGGAGUUGCUGCUUGUCUUAUUGGUGGCCUUGUUGAAGCUGUCGCUAGAGAAGUUCGACGUAAUGACAAACCUUUUGGUGGAAUUCAAUUGAUCAUUUGUGGCGAUUUCUUUCAACUUCCACCAGUUGUAAAAAUUGAUCGAGGCAAUAUUUACGAAUAUAAACGACAAGAACCAAUGAAACGGUUUUGCUUUCAAUCAAAAUCAUGGCAAAGUUGUAUCAGUCGAUGUUUUGAAUUGAGAAAGGUUUAUCGUCAAAAAGAUCCGAAAUUUAUUGAAAUACUCAACAGUAUUCGGAUUGGUCGUGUAACACCGGAAAUAACAGAACAACUUCUAGCAACAGCACGACAAAAAAUCGAGACAAAUGGAAUUCUCGCUACUCAAUUAUGUUCUCAUACGAAAGAUGCAGAUUCGAUUAAUCAAAACAAACUUGCAAACCUGACGAGUGCUGAAAAAGUUUUCGAAGCAACUGAUUCUGAUUCUUACUUAACUAAAACAAUUGACUCACAACUUCCUGUUCCUCAUAAACUUGUACUGAAAAUUGGCGCUCAAGUGAUGUUGCUGAAAAAUGUAAAUUUAUCAACUGGGCUCGUCAAUGGAGCUCGUGGUGUUAUCAUUAAAUACACGGAUGGUUUUCCUGUAGUUCAAUUCAAGAAUAAGCAGGAAUAUAUUGCAAAACCUGAGAAAUGGGUCAUUAAGACACCAACUGGAAGCGUUUUGCAACGCAAACAAGUCCCAUUAAAACUUGCAUGGGCUUUUUCCAUUCACAAGAGUCAAGGACUUACACUCGAUUGUCUUGAGAUGUCGUUGUCAAAAGUUUUCGAAGCUGGACAAGCCUAUGUAGCUUUAAGUCGUGCGCAAUCAUUAGACAGCGUUAGAAUAAUCGAUUUUGAAGCUAAAACUGUGUUUGCUGAUCCACAAGUUCUCUUGUUUUAUAGAAACUUCCGUCGACAAAUUAUGGAAGUGCCAAACUACAUUCCACUAGGACAAAAGAAGCAGAAAAAUGAUCUCAAGAGAACUUUAAGUGGAUUGAAACUCACUAAGUCAAUCAUGGAUAAACCUCUAGUGACAAUAAAUUAAAUUAAAUGAAUAAAACAAACAAAUUUAACUUUCACAACUAAA